AUGGCAUUGGUAGACGAAACCUCUAACCGCGGAAAACCAGUGCUUGACAAAUGGUCAGAGAUUGAGGCACGGUUGUCUCGCACAGUCGUUGACCAUGUCAUGGCGAACCCGGAGGGUAAAACGCCAGGUUUCGACUCGGUGGAGGUAGUCCGCGGUUAUCGUGUCACUAAAUGCGAUGACCAAUUCUCACUGCAUUUCUUGACAAACGUGAUUGGUAAAAUCCAGAACAGCUGGGAAGGAUUCAAACUCAAGCUAAUUCCGGCUAGCGAGAUUCCACGAAGGCCGAGGGCUCGCAUCUGGGUACCAAACAUGGAGUUUGAUGCCAAUCAACGAAUCCCCUACCUUCAGGCGCAUAAUCGCUCGGUGCCGAUGACCGAUUGGUCGAUCAUCACAGCGGAGGCUCCGCAAAGGCACAGCAGGUCAUUCCUCCUUCUAAUUACAGAAGAGAGUCUGGAACCACUGGAGAAAGUGGGAAACAAACUUCAGUUUGGGAUCAGGAAGACCCAGCUGAAGAUAUUCCGUUCUGCAAACCCGGAAGAGGAGCAGGAUGAGGUCGAUGGUGCCAACGAACUGCUGACUGUCAUGCAGCUAGAUGACACCGAGUCCGAAAAAGGAAACCAAUAA